UGGACCGGGGCGCUCGACGGUGCGGUGCGCAGGCGCUCUGGGGGCUGCCCACUGAACUAGCAAUGGACGCGCUGGAGUCAUUGUUGGAUGAGGUGGCCCUGGAAGGGCUCGAUGGCCUUUGUCUGCCCGCGCUGUGGAGCCGUCUGGAGGCGCGAGUGCCGCCCUUCCCGCUGCCUUUGGAACCCUGUACGCAGGAGUUUCUGUGGAGGGCUCUGGCCACACAUCCGGGCAUCAGCUUCUACGUGGAGCCUCGGGAGCGACUCGACCUCCACCUCCAGGACCGGUAUGAAGAAAUCGAUUUGGAAACUGGAAUUUUGGAGUCCAAGAGCCACCCUGUCCCUGUAGAGGAUGUCUACCCCAUUCAUAUGAUCUUAGAGAAUAAGGACGGCAUCCAGGGCUCGUGCCGGUUCUUUAAGGAGAGGAAAAACAUCACCAAAUACAUCAGGACGAAGUCUUUGGAGCCCCGCUGUACAAUGAAGGAAGCCUUCGGCAGGUGGCGGAAGAAGCUGGUCGUCGUGGCCUCGCAGGACCUGCGCUACCGGGCCCUGAUAGGACCGGAGGGCGAUCCCGACCUGAAACUCCCCGACUUCUCCUACUGUAUCCUGGAGCGACUGGGCCGGUCCCGCUGGCAGGGGGAGCUGCAGCGAGACCUGCACUGCAAUGCUUUCAAGGUGGACGCUGGGAAGCUCCACUAUCACAGGAAAAUCCUGAACAAAAACGGGCUUAUCACGAUGCAGUCCCACGUGAUCCGGUUGCCCUCUGGAUUCCAGCAGCACUCCAUCCUCCUGCUCCUAAAUCGAUUUCACGUGGACAGGAGGAGCAAGUAUGACAUCCUCAUGGAGAAGCUGUCGGUGGUGCUGAGCGCACAGAGCAACCAAAUGGAGACGCUAGGAAAGCUGCGCGAGGAGCUGGGGCUGUGUGAACGGACGUUUAAGCGUCUGUACCAGUACAUGGUGAACGCGGGCCUGGCAAAGGUGGUGACUCUCCCCUUACAAGAGAUCCAUCCUGAAUGUGGACCUUGCAAGACAAAGAAAGGGACUGAUAUCAUGGUCCGCUGCCUCAAGAUGCUGAAGGGGUUUAAACGGAAGUUCGAGGACGACCAGGACGACGACGAUGACGAGGAGGUCAUCUCCAAAGCAGUGCCCCCUGUGGACAUCGUGUACGAGCGGGACAUGCUCACGCAGACCUACGAACUCAUUGAACGCAGAGGCACAAAAGGAAUUUCCCAGGCUGAAAUCCGAGUGGCCAUGAACGUGGGGAAGCUGGAAGCAAGAAUGCUGUGUCGUCUUCUUCAGAGAUUCAAAGUUGUCAAGGGAUUCAUGGAGGACGAAGGGCGUCAGCGGACCACCAAGUACAUCUCCUGCGUGUUCGCGGAGGAGAGUGACCUCAGCCGGCAGUAUGAGAGAGAGAAAGCCCGCAAUGAGUUGCUGACCACAGUGAGCUUGGCCUCUGUGCCCGAGGAGUCCCUCCCGCCCGAAGGAGACGACACAUUCCUCUCUGAGUCGGACAGCGAGGAGGAGGGGGGCAGCAGCAGCAGCAGAAAGAAGAGACGCAAAGGGUCCCAUGGGGACGUGAAACCCUCAUCGAGCACAGGUGGGUGGAAAGGACACCUCCACCCGUUGAAGAAGCAUCCGUCUUUGUCCCCAGCAGCUGCUGAGGAGAAGAAACCCUGCCGGAGCUCCAUCAGCAGACAGAACCUCCUGGAUACCAGCAGCUUCUCAGACCCCAGGGCGUCCUUUGGCUCCAAACGCUUGAAGAGCAGCAGUGGCGACAUAGCUGUGAUCGAAGAGGUCAGGCUGGAAAACCCGAAGGACGGUGGCAGCUCCCAGAAGACCGGGAAGCAUGGCACAGGCCAAGACAAGCCCCACGAAACGUACCGGCUGUUGAAACGCAGGAACCUUAUCAUAGAAGCCGUCACCAACCUCCGCUUAAUCGAGAGCUUGUUCACGAUUCAGAAAAUGAUCAUGGAUCAGGAGAAGCAAGAAGGCGUCUCCACCAAGUGCUGUAAGAAGUCCAUCGUGCGGCUGGUGCAGAACAUGUCUGAGGAAGGCCUCCUGCGACUGUACCGGACCACGGUCGUUCAAGAUGGCAUCAAGAAGAAGGUGGACCUGGUGGUACACCCCUCCAUGGACCAGAACGACCCCCUGGUGAGAAGUGCCAUUGAGCAGGUUCGUUUCCGGAUCUCCAAUUCCAGCACAGCAAACAGGGUUAAAGUGCCCCAGCCCCGAGCGCCUCAAGAGGAGGCCGAAGAAGAAAGUCAAGGGAAAGAGGACCCGCGCGGACCAGGAGACUCCCAGCCGAACGCUUCCUCUAAAUCAGAAAGUGGACGGGUGAAAAAAACCGACGAGAAAAUGGGCAUAACCCAGCUGAAAAAUUACAACCCUGUUAUAGUUCCUGGACUGGGGCGUUCUCUAGGGUUUCUGCCCAAAAUGCCUCGCCUGCGGGUGGCCCACACGUUUCUGUGGUACCUGAUCUACGGGCACCCUGCCAGGAAGCUUGGAGUCAGCAGUGAAAGCAGGACCCGGAAGAAGGGGCUGGGCCGGACCAGAGCCUCGGCCUCAUCGGGACAGGCCCUGGAGGUCUCCUCCAGCGCCCCACCUAAGGACAGCCAGGACGGAGCCAUCUGGGGGGAGCUGGAGCUUCCCACAGAGACAGUCUAUGUGGACGAAGCCUCAUGGAAGCGCUAUGUCCCUCCCAGCCCAGUCCACAAGGACUUUGGCUUUGGCUGGGCCCUCGUCAGCGACAUUCUCCUCUGCCUGCCCCUCUCCAUCUUUAUCCAGAUUGUGCAAGUCAGCUACAAGGUAGACAACCUCCUGGAGUUUCUGGACGACCCCCUGAAGAAGCACACGCUGAUCCGCUUCCUCCCCAGGCCCGUCCGGCAGCAGCUUCUAUACAAGAGACGGUACAUUUUCUCGGUGAUGGAGGCUCUUCAGAGGCUCUGCUACAUGGGCUUGCUGCAUUUUGGUCCCACUGAAAGGUUUCAGGAUAAAGAUCAGGUCUUCGUUUUCCUGAAGAAGAAUGCAGUCAUCAUGGACACCACCAUCUGUGACCCACACUACAACCUCGCCCACAGCAGCCGGCCCUUCGACAGGCGUCUCUAUGUCCUGAGCUCAAUGCAGGAUGUGGAAAACUUUUGGUUUGAUCUGCAGUGCGUCUGCCUCAACACCCCGUUAGGCGUGGUGCGCUACUCGCGUCCGCAGAAGAACAGCAGCGCGGGCCAGGCCAGCGACGAAGACGACAGCCUGCAGAAGGAGCAGGAGAGCGCCAUCUUCAGGCACAACCUGGAGCGCAAGUGUGCCAUGCUGGAGUACACCACGGGCAGCCGUGAGGUCGUGGAUGAAGGCUUGAUCCCCGGAGACGGAUUGGGAGCUGCGGGGCUCGACUCCAGUUUCUACGCACACCUGAAGCGCAACUGGAUCUGGACCAGCUAUCUCAUGAACAAGACCAAGCAGGAGAACAGUGCUUCCGAUAAUGGCCUCACAGUGAGGCUGCAGUCAUUCCUGUCCAAGCGCCCGCUGCCCCUCGGAGCUGGAGGCAGUGGCCGGUUGAACAUCUGGGGAGAAGCCAGGGCAGGAGCCGAGCUCUGUGUUGACCGGGACGAGCAGUGCGAGGUUGGCCGAGAGCCCACGCUGGACCGGAACCGGCGAGUGAGGGGUGGGCGAAGCCAGAAGCGGAGACGGCUGAAGAAGGACCCCGCAAAGAAGACCAAAAGAAAGAAAAAAGAAGAGCUCCCAGAAGAAAAGAACAAAAAGCCGCGUUACCACGACCAGGCCGACCAGAGCGCCCUGCAGCGGAUGACGCGGCUGCGUGUCACCUGGUCCAUGCGGGAGGACGGCCUGCUCAUGCUCUGCCGGAUCGCCAGCAACAUCCUCAACACCAAGGUGAAGGGCCCGUUCGUCCCCUGGCAGGUGGUGCGGGACAUUUUACACGCCACCUUUGAAGAGUCUUUGGAUAAAACUUCACAUUCGGUGGGGCGGCGAGCUCGCUACAUCGUGAGAAACCCACAGGCCUAUCUGAACUACAAGGUGUGCCUGGCCGAGGUGUACCAGGACAAGGCCCUUGUCGGAGAUUUCAUGAACAGGAAAUGUGACUAUACAGACCCGAAGGUUUGUGCCAACGAGUUUAAAGAAUUCGUGGAGAAGAUUAAAGAGAAGUUCAGUUCAUCCCUGAAGGAUCCUAACCUCGAAAUCCCAGACACACUCCAGGAGCUGUUUGCCAGAUACCGAGUUUUGGUGAUUGGAGACAAGAAAGAUCAAGUCGGGAAGGAGGAUGAACUUAACAGCGUGGAUGACAUCCACUUCCUGGUGAUCCAGAACCUGAUCCAGAGCACGCUGGUCCUCUCGGACAGUCAGAUGCAGUCCUGCCAGUCAUUCCAGGUGGGUAUCCAGGUCCGGCAUCAGCCCUGCUGCUGCACCCCGGGACCAGGGCUGGUGCCAUUUCUCGUCAAGGCCUUCAUAGAGUGCCAGAAAAGGAGCUUGGUCAAUCGGCGCCGGAUCAACCACUCACUGGGCCCAAAGAAAAACCGGGCUCUGCCCUUCGUGCCAAUGUCCUACCAGCUGUCCCAGACCUACUACAGGAUCUUCACCUGGCGAUUUCCGAGCACCAUCUGCACAGAGUCGUUCCAGUUCUACAACAAGAUCCGCGCUGCCGGCAAGUGGGACCAGCCUGAUCGCUUUUCCUUCAAAGGCCAGGAUAAUAACGACGCCCCGAGUGACCUGGUGGCAUUCUCGCUGGACAGCCCUGGAGGAUACUGUGUGGCCGCCCUGACCCUCUUCUCUCUGGGCCUCAUUUCUGUGGAUGUCAGGAUCCCCGAGCAGGUUGUCGUGGUGGACAGUUCAAUGGUGGAGAACGAGGUCAUGAAGAGCCUGGGGAAGGACGGGGCCCUGGAUGAGGAGGAGGACGAGGAGGACGACUUAGAUGAGGACCCGGGGGGCAAGCGCCGGAGCAUCGAGGUGAAAGCCCCCCAAGCCUCGCACACCAACUACCUGCUGAUGAGGGGCUACUGCGCCCCUGGCAUCGUCAGCACCCGCAACCUCAACCCCAACGACAACAUCGUGGUGAACUCCUGCCACGUGAACUUCCGGCUGCGCCACAGCCCCGCACCCACCCAGCUCAGGCCCACUGCCCCUUCUCUGGAAGAGCUGCCGGUGGGAACGUCCUGCCUGCCGUCCUGCCUGCCGGGCGCGUUCACCAGGCUGAUCAACAGCCAGGAGGACGCCUGCAGCUUGGAUGAGUUCGUCCAGCAGGUGGCGCUGUCCGGGUAUAAACCUGGAGAUGUGUCAGCCGCCUUGGAGGUCCAGGGAGUCAUAGCGGCCGCCGGCUGCUUCGGGGUGGACAGGAGAGCGCUGAGCAGACGGUUCUCUGCCUGGGAGACAGCUGACGGGGACCGCACCAGGACCUUUGCUGACUACGUCCAGGACCUCUUAGAGCAACGUCAGGUGCUGGAAGUGGGCGGCAACUCCAUCCGCCUGGUGACCGUGGCCGCAGCCCAGCCCUGGCUCCUGCACUCGGUGCGGCUGAAACAGAAAGAGGAGGAGACUGAUGCUCAGAGAGAAAAACCCCAGGCCAGACCUCCGGAGGGCCCGUCCAGCGAGGACGACCCCGCCAAGAGGCAAGCACCGCCUCCUCAGGGCUCCCAGGGCAGCAAGAGGCGUGCCAGCUGGGCCAGCGCCGACUCGGCCAGUCCAAGUGUGGAGGCUGACCCCGAGAGCGCCCAGAAACCCCCGGCAAAGCGGCCCACACUCCAGGACGUGCGCUUGGGCCUCGGCCCCGGGCCCAGAGCGGAGGAGGGGACAGGAAUCCCAGCGCCUGCUCUGCCUAUCGCUCCUGAAGAUGCGGGUGCAGAGGAGCCUCUUUCAGGCGCGUCGGAAGCCCAGCAAGAGGACCAAGAUGGCAUCAGGGUACCCGGUUCCCCAGGCCGAGAGCCUCUGAGCUGUCCGGCCCAGCUUCCAGAGGGCUCGGAGGACGCCAGAGGUUCGGCAGAGAGCUCUGUGGCUGGCAGCACCUCCCAAGCAGCGUGGGAAAAGGACUGUGAGAGCGUCUGCUUCAUCGGCCGCCCGUGGCGCAUCGUGGACGGCCAGCUGAACACGCCGGUGUGUAAGGGCAUGAUGGAGGCUGUGCUGUUCCACGUCAUGAGCAGGCCCGGCAUCCCUGAGAGCUGCCUGCUGCAGCACUAUGAUGGUGUCCUGCAGCCCGUCGCUGUGCUUGAGCUGCUGCAGGGCCUGGAAUUCCUCGGCUGCAUCAAGAAGCGCUUGCUGAGAAAGCCGGCGCCCGUCUCGCUCUUCUCCAAGCCCGCGGUGGCAGAGGCUGAGGUGCCCUCCAGCCUGAGUGAGAGCUGCAUGGUGUUCUACGAGCCCACACUGGACUGCACCCUCCACUUUGGCCGCGUGUUCCCCCACGAGGUCAACUGGAACAAAUGGAACCACUUAUGAGGCUCAUGUGGCCAUGUCCACCUUCUGUCCCUGCCGCUGGCUCUUGAGGAGGGAGCGAAGUCCCCUGGGCCGGGUCUUUGUCCACACUGGUGCUGCAGCCUGGAUCUCCAGGAAAGGGCCACCCGCCUGCUUGCCCCUCUGCCCGGGCUGGCCUGGGGACCCUGGAGUUGUGGGCAGCAGCUGCAAGGAGACUUGAGUCCCCAACCUCGCGCCUUGGCCGCCAUCACCUCCACGGGCUCCUGAGGUGUGGCUGCCCAGGCCCCGAGUCUCCUGUGUGGACCUCAGAGUUGUCAGCUGUUGGCCAGUGCAGGUCGGGGGCUCUGGGCUUCCUGUUCGCCCCAUCCACACACUCACGUUCCAGAUCCCAGCAGCACGGCGGACUCCCCUUGGCUCCCCAGCAAGACCAAGUGCCCCUGAGCAGUGGGGCCCUAUGGGUGCACCCUCUCCCACUGGCUAGAAACCAGGAAUCCCUGUAGGUUUAGGAGUUUGUUUGUUUUGUUUUUCAGUCUUUUUUCCUCAUUUCAAAAAAAAAACAACAUCCUCUGGCAUGAA